AUGGGGAAGGUUCCGGAGGCAGUUGUUGAUAUGUACGAGCAACUCCCUGUUCCAUUUGGGCUGGUUCGAUACGGUGUUGCCCCGGACCAUCCUGAGGUCAAGAACUGCCAGGAUAAAUUCACCGAGGUUGCAGAAUCGGCACGAUUUAAUUUCAUUGGGAACGUCGAGUUGGGCAGUGGUCUCCCACUUAGCGUCCUGAAACCGCAUUAUGACGCCAUCCUAUUCUCGUACGGAGCCUCGAAGGAUCGGGAAUUAGGGAUUCCCAACGAGAGAGAACUCACCGGGGUGUUUUCUGCAAGGGCAUUUGUUGGUUGGUAUAACGGGCUACCAGAAUACAGGAAUCUAUUACCUGAUCUGGCCAGUGGGGAGGACGCUGUUAUAAUUGGACAGGGGAACGUGGCUCUUGACGUUGCAAGGGUAUUGUUAACCGAUGUGGACGUUCUACGGAAGACAGAUAUGUCAGAACAUGCUCUCGAGGAACUUGCAAAGAGUAAAGUCAAGAGAGUGAGAGUUGUUGGCCGUCGUGGGCCGAUGCAGCUACCUUCAACUGGCUUUGAACCCAUACCGAAAUAUCUGCUUCCUCCAGAUUCUAUUAUAUCCGGACUUCCAAGAGCCCACAAACGAAUAACCCAACUCCUUGCUAAGGGCUCCUCCACUAAACUCGAAGACUCAACGAAGAGGUGGUCUCUUGACUUCCUCCUUUCUCCUCGCUCAUUCCACUCUUCACUAGAAAACCCCGGAGUUUUAUCACAUAUCACAUUUACACGAAACCAGCUAGACUCAGCCGAUCCUUAUUCUCCUACAGCAUCCGUUUCCCCAUUUUUAGCAGACGAUGGCAAAGCUGCCCAUAUAGAUAUACCGGCAAACCUUUGCUUCCGAAGUAUAGGUUACAAAUCCUGCCCACUCCCGGGAUUGGACGAUCUUGAUGUUCCAUUUAAUUCUUCCCGUGGAUUAAUACCCAACGAUGGACAGGGGAGAGUUUUAAGCUAUCCUCCUCCCUCUAGCAAUGACGAUGAUCUCCCAGCUCAUGUUCCUGGGGUGUAUUGCGCUGGAUGGGUGAAGCGAGGCCCCACGGGAGUCAUUGCUUCGACGAUGACUGAUGCAUUUGCCACGGCAGAUGCUAUUGCGGCAGAUUGGGCGAUACAUCGUGAUGGAGGUAGUGACAAGAUGGCGUUCCUCAAUUCUAGGGCUGGAGGUGAAAGCACUGGCCUUGGGUGGGAUGGUGUGCGCCCUGAGGCGGAGAAGCGAGGCUUACAGCCAACUAGCUGGAAGGACUGGGAAGAGAUUGAUCGAGUAGAGAAAGAGCGUGGACAGGCUAAUGGGAAACCCCGAGAGAAGUUUGCACAGGUUAGCGAUAUGCUUGAGGUUUUAUCGUAG